UACUGUUUGACCCCUAGGUUUCUACGAAACCACCCACCCCAUUCCUCUAGAUUACUCGAGCCGCAGACAAAGUGAUUUCACAGAGCGUAAACCAUCGCCUUUUCUCAAUCUCCAUGACUGCCACCUAGAAGUCGUCAUCCACUGCAGGGAAACCCCAAACCCCUCACGCCGUGGUAUCCCGCGCGUUAUCGUCAACCCCUAUCGCGCAAACACUGCUAGAAUCCCUGUUGCAUUCGUCAUCAGACCCCAGGUCGCCCGGAAAUAGCAUCUCCAGCUGCCUGAUGCGACAAGGCCCAGCCCUGAGGAGGACAGCAUCAAGCCAGCCUGUUUGCCAGUCCUCGCAGUCGGGCAGGUAGCAAACUUCUGCCGUCAGCCUCUCCUUCCUGUCUAUUUUUUUUUUCCUUUUGAAAUUUCAACCAAACCGUUCGCAAACCAUUCCCGACCCAUCCGAAGCCUCGCCCACCGUCGCCCACCAUGGCCUACCUCCUCUACAGCGUCGCCCUCCUCGUCAUGAUCGUGGGGACGGCCCUCUACAUGACGCGCGCGCGGUGGCAGCACCACCUCGACGAGCUGCCGAUCCCCGGCCGCGACUUCAUCUACGCCCGCCUGCCGGGGUCGUCCUUUGCCGACGACGCCGAGGCCGGCCUCAGCUCGGCCAACUUCGACCUCGGCGCCAACAUCGAGGGCGGCGACUCGCGCGCGGGGCUGGACGACGCCGCAAAGGCCGAGAUCCUGCGCAUCAUGAAGAAGCGCCGCCUCCGCUUCGACGACGCCCGCCGCGUAUACCUCGAGGACCGCUUCCGCGCCAACGGCAUCGGUCCCGACGGCAGGCCCAAGGACCCCAAGUUUGUCAGCUUCUCGUAGGCCCCCCCGUUCUCGAGCCUGGGGUCCGUGCUCGAAUGAGAGCGGCGACUAUAUCUGGGGCCGCAGAAGAUGGGGAGGAAGAUACGACCCUUGGCUGUAAGCCGCCACGCGGCGCAAGCUGAUUCAAUAUCGACACAACGACUUCAACCCACCAAGACUCUCAAGCAGAGUUGAAUCAUCUCCUAUAUAUCGAAACUCUGCCUAUGCGCUAUCACCAAGCACCACCACUUUCCUUUGUUCAUUUGAGAUUCUUUGCGUCCUUUUCUCGUCGUCGUUUUCAUGGGGCUUUCCCUGGAAUAGGGUCUCUGGCGUUUCUUGGUUUGGUAUCCCUUUUCUUGUUUUAGUCAAAUGGUUACACCCGUUCUCGGUGGGAGAGAUAUGAUUAAAGUCGGUGCGCCGAAUAGGGCGGACUGUUGAGAGGGCGGUCACGUUUAUAUGGGUUGGACAUUUCUCGCCCUCGAAUUCCUAGGCUUAUACCCAUGUAUCUUGGUGUCUAGGUACAUACCUGAGCGACAGCCUUGUCGCAUCUCCAUUUUCCUACGCGUCUUUUGCUUCAGAAUCUGUAAUACUAGGUCCCAGUCCAAUUGUUCGUCGACUCGUUGCGCUGUCACUGCACAUGUGCCUCAGCGCAAAGUCUUGGUGUCAGUUUUCAUUGCCCUGCCUUUCCUCUUGUUGACAUCAUUACGGUAUUAUAAUAUACGAACAGUACUGGGUGCAAAAGGCCCAAAGGGCCAAAGUGCCCGUCAACUGUGCUGUCCUCGACAAAGUCCCUGAUCCGGUCAUAUGUAUAUACAGAUAAUAGAAAAAACAAGCCGUAUACAAAGUGUAUGAUUGAGCUGUCGUUGCUCUCUGCUCGGUCCACCUUUUUGUUCUGUAACAAUAGCGGCCGAGUCGGGACAUUGAAAACA